AUGGCCCAUUCUAGCCUUGUGUACGUCUACAAUCUUGUCCCUGACAUCCUUGCACAGCUCUUUGGUCUUGGCCAUGGUGGAGAGUUUGGAAUCUGGUUGACUGAUUGCUUCUGUGGACAGGUGUCUUUUGUACAGUUCAACAGCAUGAAGCAACUGUGCAUCAGCUUCACUAAUGAGAAACUGCAACACAUUUUCAACCACAUGUUUGUGCUGGAACAAGAGGAGUACAAGAAGGAGGGCAUUGAAGAAGCUGGCUCUGUGUCUGUGUCUGAGGAACAAAUUGAGCUUGUGAACUCCAAAUGUGGCUCUCUGGAGAAGACCAAACAGAGACUCCAGAAUGAGGUGGAGGACCUCAUGAUUGAUGUGGAGAGAGCCAAUGCUUUGGCUGCCAACCUUGACAAGAAGCAGAGGAACUUUGACAAGGUCCUGGCAGAAUGGAAGCAGAAAUAUGAGGAAGGUCAGGCAGAGCUGGAAGGUGCCCGUUGGAAAGAGGCUCGUUCACUCAGCACUGAGCUGUUCAAGAUGAAGAACUCCUAUGAGGAGACUCUGGAUCAGCUGGAGACCCUCAAGAGAGAGAACAAGAAUCUGCAGCAGGAGAUUUCAGAUUUGACAGAGCAGUUGGUUGAGACUGGUAAGAGCAUUCAUGAGCUGGAAAAAGCCAAGAAGACAGUGGAGACUGAGAAGGCAGAGAUUCAUACUGCCCUGGAGAGGGCUAAAGGCACCCUGGAGCAUGAGGAAUCCAAGAUUGUUCAUGUCCAGCUUGAGCUAAAUCAGGUCAAGAGUGAGAUUGACAGGAAGCUUGCAGAGAAGGAUGAGGAGAUGGAGCAGAUCAACAGGAACAGCCAGAGAGUCAUUGAAUCCAUGCAGAACACUCUGGACUCUGAGGUCAGGAGCAGGAAUGAUGCCCUGAGAAUCAAGAAGAAGAUGGAGGGAGACCUUAAUGAGGUGGAAAUUCAGCUGAGCCACAUCAGUUGCCAGGCUGCUGAGGUCCAGAAACAGCUCAGGAACAUUCAGGGACAACUCAAGGACGCCCAACUGCACCUUGAUGAUGCUCUGAGAGGACAGGAAGACAUGAAGGAGCAGGUGGCCAUGGUGGAGCGCAGAAACACUCUGAUGCAAGCUGAGAUUGAGGAGCUGAGAGCUGCUCUGGAGCAGACAGAGAGAGGCCGCAAAGUGGCUGAACAAGAGCUGGUGGACGCCAGUGAGCGUGUUGGGCUGCUGCACUCUCAGGAAAAGACAUACUGUUUUUACAAUGAAAUUACAAGGACAUUGAGAACUGAGGAGGAUAAGAAGAACGUCAUCAGACUGCAGGAUCUGGUUGACAAGCUGCUGCUGAAGAGCUGA